AUGUUUGCCAUCGCGCAGAGGUUCUGGUUGCCCGCCAUGGAGCCGGACGCCCGGGACUACGUGGAGGCAUGCUUCGUCUGUGCCAGAAACAAGAAUUCCUCCAGAACCCGGGAAGGCUUGCUCCAGCCACUGCCCAUUCCGUCCCGGCCAUGGGCCGAGAUCUCUGGAGACUUUGUCACGGGGCUCCCGACGUCAAAUGGUAACACCCCUCUCCUGACUGUGUUCAUUGCAGCUUUGUUAAACUCUGUUCUUUUCAGCACUGUUAUCUACCCACAGCUUUUGAUUGACUUUUUAUCAGAAAAACACAUCAUAUCUUAUCCAGCAUGUCUCUUCCAGUGGUUUUUAAAUUACUGGUUAGCCGCUUCAGAUUUCUUUCUCUUGUCGGUUAUAGCCUAUGACAGAUAUGUGUAUAUAUGUAACCCUCUGCAAUAUACAACCAUCAUGCAAAAAACAACUGUUAACAUUUUCCUUUUUUCCGCUUGGAUUCUGCCUGCUUGUCAAGUUUCAGUAGCAAUAUUACUAAGUGCUAAAAAAGAAAUCUGUAAGUAUCAUUUGAAAGGAAUACUUUGCAACAGCACAGUUCAAAAACUUCACUGUGUGAGAUCAAGAAUACUUAAUUUAUAUGGCUUGGUUGGUAUUGUUAGUGCUGUAUUUCUUCCUGUGCUCUUUAUACUUUUCAUAUACAGCAGGAUACUUGUAGUAUCGUAUCGAUGUAGAGGAGUCAGGAGAAGAGCUGCUCAGACCUGUUUACCCCAUCUGCUGGUUCUAAUCAACUUUUCCUGUCUAAGUGCAUAUAAUGUACUUGUACCUUGA